AGAACUAAGAACAUAAAAUAUCACUACCUAGAAUUUUUAUAUUACGAAAAAAAUGCUUGAUUACACAGAAUGGUCUCCAGAUAGUUUCAAAAUCCUAUAUAAUAAAAUUCAACAGGCAAUAAAUAUUGCUACCGAUAAUGUCUUAAUGGAACUUAAUCCUCGUUUAAUUGAAUAUAAACCAUGGUUUCUUCUAUUAUUUGACGAACCAAAACCAGAUUUAGAGAAAGAAUAUGCAAUUAAGCAAGGCGAACCGGUGUUCAUAAAAGGCAAACCAUAUAGGUUUUCACGUACAGAAAUUUACGAAAUUAUUGAUAUCGCUCACAGUCUCAAUAUCAGUGAAGAUUUUGCAGCUACAAUGCACCAACAUGCAAAGGAACUUAAGUCAAGAUAUAAUAAACCAGUCGCUGAAACUGCAAUUGCUCUUUAUUAUGAUGAAAAGACUUACAUGUUGUUAAGUUUAUUGACUAUUUUCAGUAAAGCUUAUGAUACUGAGAUUAAAGAAAAAGUAAGAGAUGCUUUAAAAACAUUCAUUAAUGGUUUGUUCAAAUCAUAUGAAAAUUUAAAUCAAGGUCUUUUAUAUGGUAUUAAAUUAAUGAAAACUAUUGAGAUUUUGAGAUCUCGUAUGUUAGAUCUGGAAGGACGUUAUCAACAACUCAUUAACAAUAGAAGUUCUGUUAUAACUUCAGAGCAAUUUUUAUAUUUAAAUGAAGGUGCUAUUCUACCCUCAGUUGACGAGAAAGUCAUUUUGCAAAGAAUGGCCUCAAUUACCACACAUCGAAAAUAUCUUGCAUAUAUUAUAUGGAAGAUGGCUUUUACUUAUCUUUUUUCAACUCAAGAAAUUUUGUAUUUAUGCAAAAUGCUUGAAAAUCUUGAUCUUAAAGAUAAUGUCUACCCUUAUUUAAUCGCUGCACUAUUGGCAAUUAUCAACACUUCAUCGGAUCAUUUUCUUAAUGAUUUAACCGCAAAAGAGAAAUUUGAAGAGUUAAUGAAAGACACGGAUUUUAUCAAUAAUUUUACAAAUAUUAUAAAUCAAGAUACAUGGAUGGUUAAUGCCGCUAAAGCAGCUGUUUUGAUAGAAUGGAGUAUAUUUAUAGGGGAUUCGAUAAAAAAAAAUCCCGGUUUAGAAAUAAAUUUGAAUAUUAAGUCAGAACAUUUAUCAGAAAUGUUUCAUCGAGCUGUAGUUAACGAUGCUUUUCAAUUUAUAACACAUUAUCUUCUUUCAUUUCAAAAGACUGAAACGGAAUCUAUUUUUAUGGAGAAUCUCCCAAACGUUGAAAAUGUUUGGCAUAAAACAAACAACGGUGAAAUAUCUUUCUGUGGCCUUAUACUUAUACCUCCGGGAAAAACACCAAAAACUAUUCGUGGGCUUGAAAAGGACUUUCAAAAUAAUCUUCGUAAACAGCUUGAGCAUUUUGUAUUUAAACUAGUUAGUAAGAACAUGAGUUAUCUACAAAAGAUUAGACGACAAGAGGAAGAUGCAAUUCAAUCAGCUACAACAGAACCUGCUACUCCCAGCACGAGUAAAUUUCCUUCCACUCCUAGCUCGAAACCAAAGAAGACUUCAGUAUUACGUCAUGAUAUAGAAGCCUUUUUUAUUUUAAUUGCGACUUUAUUCCGUAAUCUUCCUGACGAAGGUCUAAAAUGUUGGGUAGAAACGAAAUCAUUGAUUAAUUGGGGAGCAAGUUUUCAAGAAACUGGAAUGAUGUGUGCUUAUUUGGAAAUGUUAAGUUCACUUGCAACCGGUAAUGAAUGUAGUACAUAUGCUUAUGAAUUUCUUUCACGUGCUUCAACAAGCGGAGGAUGGUGUUCUUGGCAAACUUUGUUCAAUGCUAUGGAGAGUUAUAAUAUUGAUAUGGUUGAUGAAAUGGUGGAAAUUCCUAAAGAAGAAGUGCAACUUUUGAUCUCUUUCUUACGUGUUUUCAGACAAGUCGUUAAAUACUGUGUUCAAGCAAGAGUCGAUUUUAUUAAACGUAAUAUUUUAAAGCUUCUUUUUAGUUUGGUAUCACAGCAUAUACCAACUGAAUUAAAGGCUGAACUUUAUUAUGCUGUUGCUGCUUUCUGUGUUCCGAACGAUGAUUUAUAUCUUGAAUUAAUUUUAAAAGUUUGGACAAUACUUGAAGAGGAACAAAUCGUUCCAACUGUACCAAAAAAUCUUAAAAUAGGGACAACUUCAACGGUGGAGCCUUCGAACUUUCAAACGCAUGAUAUGUCAGCCAUCAGGAAGGAGAUAGAGGAGAUAGAAUCUUCUAAAAAAAUUUUCUUUCAAACAUUGGCAUUUAUUAAGCUUAUUAGCACUUUGAUUUACGUUCCUGAACAGCAUAUUACUUUACGGUGUGGAUUUCCAGUUCGUUCACCUACCAUACAUGAACAAUUAGGAUUUGAUUAUCGAACACCUGGAAUCACACCUUAUGUCAGUUUUAUAGUAGACGAUAUUUUUGUAAAAGCACCUACGAGAGAAUAUAUUUUUAAUUCCCAAAAAUGGGAGAUUAUAGCAAAUUCUUUAGAAAUUAUUGAAAAAUGCCUGAUUUCUUUUGAUUUAACCGGGCCAUUAUUUGAAAAAAACCAUUAUUUUGCAAAAUCUACAAAACAAAUACAAAUACAAAAAAGAAUGAAUAAAGAAGAAGAUCUAGUCUUCAAUAAUGACGAAAUAGAAUAUUUAAGAAAUCAUCCUGGAUAUAACAUUAUGAAAAGGCUUCUGACUAAUUCUCGACUUAUGGAAGUUAUUUUAGAAAUUAUAGCCACUGGAAAGAAUAUAUUGGUUGAUAAAUACGAAGCAUCUUCUGACAUUAUCGAACCUCUUAUACGUUGUUUAAAGAUUCUGUGGAUUGCACUGGAAAAACAAGAUAGAUUUUUGAAAACUUUAGUUCCACUUGUUAAUGGCAAUACUCCAGGAUAUCUUGAACAUGCUUUUCUUUCAAAGAAAGAAAUCAUUGUAUCGAUUGCAUUAUUACUUGAUAGUGAGAAUGCCGAUAUCUGUUUUUAUGCAGUCAAAAUAUUAACUUGUCUUUCCAAGUCAACGAUAUUUAAUUCCAAGGAUAAUCUUGGAGCCAGUAGAGUUAAUAGAUUGUCUAGUAUUUUGGAGACUAGUCAAUUUGCGAAUGAAAUUCUAAAUAAUUUUGUCAAACGAUUAGAAUUAAGGGGUGACGAUUACUGGGAUUUUAGUAUUGAUCAAAGAAAUUUUGAGCUUGUUCAACUGUGCCUUAAAUCUUUGUCAAAACCCGAUGAGGAAGAAUUUAGCGCAGAAUCAUUGUCAAAAGAAGAUAAUAUUUCACUUUCCACAGUCAGUUGUGCUAUAUUAGACCUAAUAUUGGAAAAUCUUAGACCCGGUAGAAUUCAACCUACCAUUUCACAUUUUCUUCUGGGUUAUGAUAUCCGUGGAUCACUACAAGUCCCAGUAAUUAAAUAUGUUGCUGAUGAUUAUAGAGAGUCUUGUUUACACAAAGUAAUGGAAAUUCUUGGUCAUCCCAUCAAUAAGUUUACUGAGAAAAGUAAUAAGAUCAAUAAACAACUUUUGAAUUAUCCUUCACUUGUAGCACGUUGUUAUCAAAUUCUUUAUAGACUUUGUGUUGAUAACACCACUUCAGAUGCUACGAUGUUAUUUUUGCGAAGUCAAAAGUUUAUUUCAAAUCAAUUUAGAACAAUGCCUCUGUAUAUUGUUCAGCCGGAUUUAGAACCAAAAUGGGAUCAAGGGAUUAUGACAAGAUUGGAUAAACAGGAAAUUGAAAUCGAUUGGGUCAGUCUUUGUGCCAAUCUUGAUGAACGGACUUGGUUGAUGAAAAUGGUCUCAUUAGAGUUACGUAAGGUUCAAACUCGUAGUGGUAUCCAAAAUUUGUUGGCUUUAAUUUAUGGAUUUGAAGUAGUUAAAUCGAAAGACAGAAAUUCUAUGGAUUUAGAUGUUAAUAGUCCCUCAACUAUGAAAAUCCUCGAUAUAUUAAAUAUGUUGGAAUUUUUCUGGGAUGAUUCAUGGCAAAUGCAACCACCCCAGCAACAUUAUUUUGAGAAAGUUAAUAUCGAGACAUGGUUAUAUCGUAAUGAGAGAGGAAUUGAAGUAUAUCGCUUGCAAGAUGUCUUCUCUGAGCUAUAUCAACUAUAUAAACAUUUCCAUAAGCGAGGAGUUACAUUCGAUGAUAAAAAUUUACGAAACGAAAUAAAACAAAUUAUGAAAUUUUGUUUUUUUCAUAAUCGUAAUCGUGAAUUUGUUCAUGCAAGGAACGAAUGUUUUAAAGCUUGGAGAGAAAUUAUUGAAAUGACAGUUAUUAAACAUUAUAAUUUAUUGCGAUUUGAGGUUCGAGAAUCUACAUUUCAUGAUAUUCUGAUGGGAUUAUUAACGAUAAUGAAAAAUGAGAAUGAUGUUAUUGCGGGAGUUCUUAGUAAAGUUGUUCUUACCAUAAUAACCGCACUGCGUUUGGAUCGCAAGCGUCAAUCAGUUUUACAUCUGACAAGCCUUUCGAAUAUUGCACAAUUGAGGGUUCCUUCUGAACGACUUUAUUCUAUAUUCAAAUUGAUUCUUGAUUGUCUCAUUGGGCCAGGAUUUCCACCUGAAGUACGCAACCAUAUAUAUUGUACAAUGUUCAAUUAUUUGCAUUAUAUCGACUCUGAUCCGAAUUUUACGAUGGGAUCGAGACCUCAGCACGAAUUUGCAUUAACGCUAGGUGGUGCUAGAUCUGCGCUUGAUGGUGGUAACCUUGCAGUACUUCAUAGUUGUGGUGAUCGUUUACUCGAAAUUAUACGCUUAGAUGCAUCCGAAGGACCUGUGGAAGGGAAACUUUGUUCCUUAAAUAUCCUUACCGCUUUAUGCAGUCUGGGAAAACGCGAAAAGAGUAAUUUCAUCAUUGAUUAUAUUGUACGGACACAUUUCCUAAGUACUGUGGUAAAGAGUUUAAAGAAUCAUAAUGAUUUAUUGUUAAAGGCAAUAAGACCAAGGCCUGAGCAAUCUGCUUUGCAAGCAAAACAUGUAUUUGAAUCCAGAGUGGUAUUGUUAAUUCGUAUAGCACAACGUCGUGAUUGCGCUCUUAAAUUGAUGGAAUCGGGAGUUUUUGAGUACUUGGAUGAACUAACAUUUCUAGAUGAAAGACCAAAAUUUAAUAAAACAGCAAAUGAUUCCGAUGAUAACCCUGAGUUCAAACGGUAUCAUGAGCUUUUAAUCAUUAUCCUACGUCUUAUUGCUUGUAUCCUUACGAGCAUAGGACAUGAAAGCGGACCUGCUUUAAUAAAAGCAUCAAGAUUCGUAAGUAGACAUCAAGGAUUGAUGUUAGAAAUAUUGACAGAUAUUUCUCCAGUCGAUUUAUUAGUUUCACCAAAUGUAGAAGUCAAAGAUAAUGCUAUAUUAAGUAUUGGAGUUGUUCACGAAAUGUCUCGUAUAUUUUACUUUUUGGGUGUUAAGCUAGAAGCUAUCGAUAAAGUACGUCGAGAGACACAUCAACGGACAUUUCAAGAAAUUUUAAAAGAAUUAAUGAUACGAUUUUUUCCGGUGCGAAAAAGUUUGGUGACAAUGACAACAGGAAAUGAAGCCGACAUAAAAUAUGCGCAAGAACAAAUUGAAAAUAUUAAUAGGAAUUUUUUGGGGUGGUGCCAAAUAGUGACUGCGAGCACAAAAGGUGUUCAAGACUUUAGACCGAUUUUUACAGCGAUCCUUGAAUACGCCAAAAGGCCUGAUAAUGAUUAUCGUGGCGAUCUUAAGGAACCUGAACUUUCAAUAUGCAUAAAUUACGUUCGCACUUCUAUAGAUAUUUUAAAUCACCAUAUGCAAAAUUUCGGGAGAAUAUCUAUCAAACUUGAAAAAGGCGAUAACAUUGAAGAGAUUCUAUCUGGGCUUCGUAAUGAAGAUGUUGAUGAUUUAAAUGAUUCACAACGAAAGAGUUUAGCAUUGCGUACUUUACAGGAACAGCUUAGUAAAACGUCGAAGUGUAUUACACAACAUUCAUAUGACGUAGAGAUCUCUUUACUUUUAAUAUGGCGGCAUCUUGACCAUUAUAUGAUGACAAAGUUUACUCGAGGAAUCUCUACAACAUCGCUUGGGAAUACUGAUAAAACGGCUUUACAAAAAGACGCAAAAUUAGUCUUGACAGACAUAUUAGAGAAACUAGAAUCUUUUGAGAAGAAUACUGCCAUAAAAUAUAAAACGCGGAAUGAAUAUAUUCAAAUGAUACUUCGCAAGAUAAAAGCACUUAUUGCUUGAUCCUACUAAUAAGUAACGUAAUACUGUAUUAAUAAAUUUUUUAAUAUAUAUUUAAUAUACAGUAUAGGUGGUGUAAAAAAAAUUUUUUUGAAUUUGAAAAUAAAAUAAUAGUUGAAAAAAUCUUAGAUUUAGUUUGACUCUAGAACUGAGCUUUGAGCCCAGUCUUAAUAGAAUAUUCGGCUUCUAAGCUAACCUUUGAUUUAAUUUUUGACCUGUAAUUUUGACUCAAAUCAUUAUCUGCUAUACUAUUGUUCGAUAAACAGUAUUUUAAAAAAAUUUACCAUUCAUAAAAACAAGUCUCAAUACUAUUAAACUUUAAUAAAUAAUCAAAUAUUU